AUGAUAUGCGGAGUCGACGCUCAUCCCGCGAUUCCUCGACUACCCGGGAAGUCUGCGACGAUUCAGAGCAGCGACAACAUCAACAACCUCAACAUCAACAUCAACAUCAACACCAACAACAACACCAACAACACCAACAACACCAACAACACCAACAACACCAACAACAGCAGCAGCAGCAGCAGCAGCAGCAGCAACAACACCAAGCACCCGUCGGUCCCGCGGACGAAUACAAAGACAAAGGCGACGGAUGGGACCGUGAAGAAGAAAAAGGGUUCUCCGGCUCCGAUUUCUCCAGACAGCGGUAGCGGUGCGUGGAAUCCUGCGGCAACAGGGGAGCAGGAAUCGGAGGAGUCGGAGGAGGGGGAGGAGGGGGCUACAGAUAUCCCGGUGCCACUGGGCUCGGACACACCGACAACCACGACAACCAUAACCACAUCCAAAGCACAAUCACAGGGGUCGCGGCUGAGCAAGGAACAGAUGGAGGACACGAGGAAUUACAGGCGAUCACGUUCACGGUCCAAUUGGGCUUGCUCGCUAGGAACACUGGCUGUGACACUGCUCUCGGCGUUCGUGCUGUGGUCCAUCGUUCAGUCUUAUCGGGAGCGACAAUGCGAUGCUAAGGGCUGUCGAAUGUCGCGGAUGUCGCCAGUCUACCUGAAGGCCAAGGACUUCGACACCGAACACACGCGUUUUGCGAGCAAAUACAGUCUGUAUCUCUACCGGGAACAUGGCGUGGAUGAGGACUAUCCGCCUAAAGGAGUCCCCGUCUUGUUCAUUCCCGGGAACGCCGGCAGCUAUCGACAGGUACGGCCCAUCGCCGCGGAAGCAGCUCGCCACUUCAAAAAUGUCCUCUCCAAAGACGAAACGUUAGCCAAAGCCGGAUCUCGGAACCUAGAUUUCUUCACCGUCGAUUUCAAUGAGGAUAUCACCGCGUUUCACGGCCAGACCGUCCUCGACCAAGCGGAAUAUCUGAACGAGGCGGUCGCCUACAUUCUCUCGCUCUACCACGACUCUCGCAAGUCGACCAUGGACUCGGAUCUGCCCGACCCCAGCUCGGUUAUAAUUUUUGGACAUUCGAUGGGAGGAAUCGUGGCGCGCACCAUGUUGAUAAUGCCCAACUACCGCAUCAAGUCCAUAAACACGAUAAUCACCAUGUCUGCGCCCCAUGCGCGCCCACCGGUAUCUUUUGACAGGCAGAUCGUCAAGACGUACGACGACAUCAACAAUUUCUGGAGCCGGUCUUUCUCCGAGAAGUGGGCCAACAACAACCCGCUGUGGCAUACGACCUUGGUGUCGAUUGCGGGUGGAGGCUUGGAUGGUGUGGUGCCUUCGGACUAUGCCAGCAUCUCGUCGUUGGUCCCGGACACGCACGGAUUCACGGUGUACACUUCCUCGAUUCCGGAUGUGUGGCUUGGAGUCGACCAUCUGGCCAUCCUUUGGUGCGAUCAACUAAUGAAAGUGGUUGCCCGCGCCAUGCUCGAUAUUGUCGAUGUUCGCAGAGCCGAGCAGACAAAGCCCCGUGCGGACCGAAUGCGACUGUUGAAGAAGUGGCUACUGACGAGUCUGGAGGAGGGCACCGAGAAGUUGCUUCCCCGGGCCGUGCCGACCACUCUGUUGACCCUCGAAGACAACUCGCAGAACAUCACCUCAUUGGGCCAGCGCCUUGUAUUGCGAAACCUGGGAGAAUCCCAGAAGCCACGAGCUUACCUGAUGCCGGUACCACCCGUUGGCGAACCGGGAAGCAUCAAAUUCAAUCUCAUGACGGACCAGACGCUCGAACAAGGGAGGAACGGAAAGUUGGAGGUGUUAUUCUGCAGCGUAUGGCCGCCAAAGUCGGGGCAAGGCGCGGCCCUGUUCUCGAUGAACAUGGAUCUGUCGGGGGACACCCCAGGGUCGACCCGUCUGGCCUGCAGGGGUGCCACGGGCGAUGUGAUUCGCCUGCCCGCCUCGACGAAGGAUGCGAAACACUCGUUCGACGAUAGAACGCCAUUCUCGUAUCUCGAGUACAAGCUGGAAGAACUGGCAGAGUUCGCCGAGCAGGAGAUCGACCGGUUCGAGUUUGUCGCUGUCGUCGACAAGGCUAGUCGGAAGACCGAUGGGUGGGUUAUCGCCGAAUUCGUCAGCACGAGAGACUCCCGCGUGCAAUCAAACGCCAGUCUGGCGGGACUCCUCACGGAUGGUGUACACAUCACUCUUCCGGCCGAUCGUGCCUUGGUUACCGAUAUCAAUAUCCCCGUGAUACAUAGCAGCCUCUUCGCGUAUAAGCUUACUGUUGGGCCACAAAUCUGCAACAACGGCCAGCUCUUUACUCCGCUUGUUCGUCAAUAUCUCGCAGACCCUUACGAGUCCAAGUUCUUCGUCAACGUGCAAACAGCAGAUAUCAAUCUCCACGGAACGGCACCCUUCUUACCUCCGGCGUUACGUCCAAACAGCAGGCGCGGACUGUCGCUUCAGAUCUGGUCCGACCCAACGUGCAACACGCCGAUCGAUAUAUCUGUGAAGAUGGAUUUUCUGGGCAGUCUUGGAAGGCUCGGUAUGCGGUAUAGAACAGCGUUUGCGGCGUUUCCGUUGCUUAUCGUGGCUCUGGUUUUCCGCAAACAGUUCCAACAAUACGACAAUAAUGGUCGGUUCAUCAGCUUCGGCGAAGGGAUGGAUCUUUUCGUAUCGCAAUCUCUGCCGUUGGUCCUCAUGUCUCUCUCUCUCAUGGCCGUUUCACUCUCGUUUGCGAAGUCGGAAUCAACGCAUGGUGUUCCAUCUCCCCUCGACAAACGGUCCGAAAGUCAUCCUUCAACGACCGCAUCAAUGCAGUUUGCCAAGAAUGACAUGCUCAUUGGCCUGCAGGAUCCAUUCUUUUGGUUCCUUGCGCCGUUGUUCGGGCUGAUUGCUGUUGGUGUAACGGUCUUGAUCAACCAUCUGACGAUGAUCAUUGUGCAUGCAUCCGCGACGGUGUACUCCGUUCUGGACAGACGGCCGAGAUGGGAAAGUCAUGAACGACGACGCGCGAACAAUGGGCCAUUCUCGACGAGCAGCCCCCGGAGAAGGAUCGUUGUCACUUCAUUCCUACUACUUUUCGUUGCGACGAUAGUCCCAUAUCAGUUUGCGUACAUGGUUGCCUGUAUCGUACAGCUCUUUACUUGCAUCCGCGCUCUGAAGCACGCUAAAGAAAACAAUUCCGGGCCUGCUUGGGAUUUCUACAACUAUUCUUACUCGAUAUUUGUCAUCAUGCUGUGGAUUUUGCCCAUCAACUUGCCAGUGCUAGCUGUCUGGAGUCACAACCUGGCUGUACACUGGCUCACACCAUUCACAUCUCACCACAACCUUCUCUCAAUCAUGCCAUUCAUCCUUCUAGUGGAAACUCUCACAACGGGGAACAUGAUACCUCGUGUUACCACCAAGAUGAAAUACGUCACAAAUUGCUUGUUCUUGGGCCUAGCAGCAUAUUCCGCACUGUACGGACUGACGUACGCCUACCGGUUGCAUCACCUUGUAAAUAUCUUGGCAGCCUGGUUUGUGGCGAUUCAUUUCAGCAAGACGCGACCUACGCUGGCGGGAUUGAUGGAGAUAUUCCUGGAGGAUCCAGAAGAUGGCGAGAAGAAGCGGCACCAAUAG